AUGAAGAACGCCGUCGCCGGUAAGGGCAUCGAGCUGGUGAACGCACCGUUGAGGUGUGGCUCGUGGUGCGAUGUUUCGGAGCACCUAGCCCUCGACGGAUAUGUCAAGAUCAGAUCCAGCAGCAAGGCUCCCAGCACCGUGAUUGCUACGGAGUGCAUGAGAAUGAGGGACACUGACAAGAUCGAAAAUAAAGAAAUGCAUAGGCUGAGCGCGCACAUAUUAUCGACCGACGCCUACUUGUCCGUCGACAUUGGGCCCUCGAUCAGUGUCCCGGUGUAG